ACCGCCUACGUUAAUUUCGCCCCCCCACUUCCCCCUCCCCUAUUAAUUAACACCCCCCACCCCGUUAAUUACCCACCCCCCCCAGCCGUGGAGUCCCUCCGCGCCUUCUCCCAGCUCCACUCCCCCCGGGGGGAGGGGGGGGGAAGGGACGCCCCCCCCGCCCCUCCCCCCCCUCCCCCCGCGGGCCGCCCCGCCCCUCCCCCCCCGCCGUGGGAAGAAGAGGACUGCCUGGACUAUUAUGGGAUGUUGCCCCUCCAUCGCCUCUUCGAGGUGGUGGGGGCCCAGCUGACCCCCCGCGAGGUGGCCCGACUGGCCGGGCUGCUGGAGGAAGCCCACCCCCACCCCCCCCACCCUUUGGACCCCUCGCUCUGGGGGGGGGGAGGGGACGACGAGGAGGAGGAGGAGGAGGAGGAAGGGCAGGGACAGGGGGGCGUCCCCUCCCCCCGUCUGCGGGAGUUCUGGCGGCGGCGGCGGCGGCGCCGGGGGGGUGGGGGGGAAGCGGCGGCGGCGGCGGCGGCGGGGGGGGGUCGCUGGCGGCCGCGGGACGGGCGGGAGCUGCUGCUGGAGCUGGAGCGCCGGGGGCUCUGCGACGAGGGCAACUUCGGGCACCUGCUGCGGCUCCUGCGCGCCGUCGCCCGCCACGACCUGCUGCGCUGCGUCAGCCUCAAGCGCCCGCGCCCCGUUUCGCCGGAAAGAGGCAGCUGUGGCGCCCCACAACCCCCGCGGGAACGCUGGGAGACAGGCUCCAGCCCGGGCAAGCGGAAGCGCAGCAGCCGGAGCCGGACGCGGCCCCCCCUCCCCCACAGCGCCCCACCCCCCGCCGACCCCCCCGCUGACCCCCCCGCCAAGGUCACCUGCGACAUCCGGCUGCGGGUGCGGGCCGAGCUGUGCGAGCACGACGCCGUGUUGCGCCGCAGCGUGGCCUCCAGCCGCCCCCGGGGCCCCUGGCGCCAGCUGGACGUUUUCGGCCAAGCCAGCGGAGUCCUCAAAUCCCGGGAUCUGGGUUCCAUCCUCUGCGACAUCAAGUUCUCGGAGCUUUCCUACCUGGAGGCCUUUUGGGGGGACUACCUGAGCGGGGCCCUGCUGCGGGCGCUGGAGGGCGUCUUCCUGACGGAGGGGCUGCGGCGCGCCGUGGGGCGGCAGGAGGUGCGGCUGCUCGUCAGCGUCGACCAGGACGACUACGAGGAGGGCAGGAGGCGGCUGCUGGGGGCGGCCGGGGGCCGGGGGGGGGAGGACUGAGGGACAACCCCCCCCAAUCGUCUCACCCCCCCCCCAACACACACACCCCCCUUCUAAUGGGGGGCCGGGAACGAGGGACCCAGCCCCUCCCCCACCUUGUAACGGGGGGGAGUGAGGGACCCCCCCACACACCUUUAUAACGGGGGGGGAGUGAGGGACCCCCCCACACCCUUAUAACAGGGGGGGGGAGUGGGGACCCCCCCACAUACCCUUAUAAUGGGGGAGGGGAGUGAGGGACCCCCCCACACACCCUUAUAAUGGGGGGGGGGAGUGAGGGACCCCCCCACACACAC